AAAUUAAAAAAGCAUCGUCACAUCUAUGCCGUUAUAAUUUAUUCUUUUUAAACUAUUUUUGUCAUAUCGUCAAAAACAUAACUGUUUUUAUGUUUUUAAAAAAUUGCUACACUCGGCGAUUUCCCAUACAAGCGUUUACGAUAUGUUUUGACUCCCGCGCUUAUUAAAAUACCUGUGACGUUUACUGUUAACCGGAUUCAGUUAUUGUGAAAAUGCAAGAGAGCGUAAAAAACGAGUCAUCGUGUUUGGAAACGAAGUUCAACGACGAAAAAUGUGCACCGUCAUGUCAUAUAUCGUGUAAUUUAAAAAAGUUAAAAUUCAUGCAACGUGCAAAGGAAGAAAAAUUUAGUCAUUUAGAUGUUUGUCGCGAUACGGCUGUCAAAGUGUCUGGUUAUGCCAAAACACAUCAAUGGUGUGUAAAAGAGGACGAAUUUAAAGUACAGCAAGUGACAAAAUAUUUGGCUACUAAAAACUCAACAAACUUUUGGGAAAGUCAACGGCUUUGUGCACAAGCAAGAAGAUCUUAUGGAGGGCUGAAUGCUUACAUUGAAACAACUUCCAAAAUUAUCUCCAAUCGGAUUCAACAACAAAUGCAUCAAAUGAAAGCUACACAAUAACUAAGGGUCGUGACAUAUUUUCCACAUUUCGUUUCUUUUUAAGCAAAAAUUUUCAUGUUUAUAAACAAAGUAAAAAUGUUACUAUAUUUCAUUAAAAAUAAAAAAACAAUUUGUAUGUGACAUUCGAGACCAUUAAAUUAAUUGACUAAUCUGUUUGUGUUCUGUUUGUUAUGACAUAAUUGCGAGUGCGUGUGUUUGAAUCAAUUUUUUUUACUAAAAGUGACCCAUCAAGAAUUUCUGACAGUUGAAAUAUUUGUGUUAAGUAAAUUGUUCUUGAAACAUGGGAUAUCUUGAUUCGGGUUCAACGUUACUUUGGAAUGAUGCUAAGCAAUUUAUUCCAAAAAUUAAGAAAGAAGGUUUAAAGCAAUUUUUAUCCGUGUGGAAAAAUCAUCAACAACGUCAUGAUACUUCUUUGAGUUGGGGAGAUGAGCUUGAAUUAAGCUUGGUAUGCGUGGAUGACAGUCAUAGCUGUCUUGUUGUGAAUGGAGAACAGUUAAUUCGUGUGUUACAAGACAAACAAAAGCAGAUGAAUACUCGUAAGGACACAGCACAAACUUUAUGUGAAUGGCAUCCUGAAUUUUCUAAUCAUAUGGUAGAGGUUAUUCCUCAGAAACCCUACAAAAGCAUUGUAGAUUCUAUUUUCAAUAUAUUUCAAUCGAUGCAUGAGCGUCGCCUAAUUAUACAAAACGUUUUACAACCAAAUCAAUUUGUGGUAAGCUUUACAGCAUACCCUCGCUUUGGUUUGCCUGGUUUUCUUGAGAAAAAAUAUACACCUUCUUCUGGUUUUUUGCCCUUACUAAAGACGGAAAAUAGUAAUUCUCAAAGUCUUUUUAUACCCGAUGUUUUACCUAAUCCCCAUGCACGUUUCUCAACACUUGUUUAUAAUAUCAAAUGCCGUCGUCAAGUCAAACCCUUCAUAAUUGUUCCUCUUUAUAUGGAUAAAUUUACAAAUGGUGGUUAUUGUUCGAAUCACACAAGUGACGCUCUGUAUCAAAAGGAAAAAGAUUGGAGCCAAGCUCAAAAAAAAGAAGACCUUGAUCGAUUUACCGUCGCAGAAUUAUCUAAAAAAACAAUAAAUCCUGUGAAAGGUCAUGUGUAUAUGGAUGCUUUUGCUUUUGGUAUGAGUCAAUGUUGUGUUCAAACAACGCAUAUGUGCUCCGAUGAAAAAGAGGCGCGUUAUUUGCAUGAUCAAUUAUUAGUUUUAGCACCAUUUUUUUUGGCGUUAAGCGCCUCUACAUGUGUUGAAAGAGGUUAUCUUGUUAAUACCGAUACACGUUGGGAGACAUUGGAGCAAGCUGUUGAUUGUCGUACACAAAAAGAAAAACACUAUAUAAAAAAAUCUAGGUAUUCCUCUUCUUCUUUAUACUUAUCUAACGAAGAACCACAUCAAUCCAACUAUAAUCAUUGGAAUGAUACCCAUCCUUAUAUCAAUCAGGAAGCUAAAAACUAUCUAAUAGAAAAUGGUGUUGAUAUGAUUUUAGCGAAUCAUAUAGCUCAUUUAUGGAUUCGUGAUCCUUUAGUGAUUUAUGAGAACAAAGUGGACUUGGAUUCUACUGAACAUACGGAUCAUUUUGAAAAUAUUCAAUCCACUAAUUGGAAUUCUGUACGCUUUAAACCUCCACCAAAAAAUAAAUAUACGACGGAUUCCAUAGGUUGGAGAGUUGAAUGUCGUUCACCCGAAUCUCAGUUGUCAGAUAUUGAGAAUUCUUCACUUGUUGCCUUCAUUUCCAUUUUAACACAAGUCAUUACAAAAAAACGUUUAAAUUUUUAUAUUCCUAUGAGUAUGAAUGACGAAAAUAUGUUCCGAGCUCAGCAACGUGACGCUGUAACACAACAAACUUUUUAUUUCCGAACCAACAUUUUCACCACAAAUUUUAAAGAGUUAUCGGAUCCGGAUUCUAUUCAACUUUUGUCCUUACAUGAAAUUCUCUGUGGUAGUGCAACUUCCACUGUAUCAUUCCCCGGUUUAGUAGCCUUAUGCUACGAAUAUAUUCAGGAAACACAAUCGUUCCACUCAUCACAAGCAUUAGAUUUUUUUCAAAAAACUAUGCACUUGUACAUACAACGAGUUCAAGGAAAGCUCUUAACGGGAGCUCAGUUUUUACGCCAAUUUAUCAUAUCGCAUCCUUGUUAUCAACAAGACUCGUUUGUUAAUGAUAUCAUUUGUCGUGAUAUCACAAUUGUGUCGAUUUAUCUUGGAUUUCAUAUUUGCACUGCUUUACCACUUCUUGGUGAUAUACAACAUGUGUUACCACUCAUGUCUUUACCACACCAUAAUGUUAAAACUCUACAAUUGCCUCGAUUUUCUUCACAACUUUUACAACGCUUCCAGAACGCCUCAUGGUAUGCAACCUCUUUAGUUUUUGAUUCUAAUUUCUCAUAUUUAAUAACUAACGAUGGAUGAAAUUUUUAUAAAAAGAACGAGAAUUGAAUGGACUAAAUGCUAUCGGCUGCUCUUCGAAUUAAAAAAAUAAAUAUUAAAUACAACCGCAUCAGUAAUUGCGAGCAAAUCAUAAACAGCAUAUGAUAAAUUAAAAAAAGAAACCGAACUUAUUUUAAUUUAAAAAUAAAAA